AUGCGGUGCGGUCGGCAACGCUCCGAGACAGAAAAGGCCGUUGCAACGACUUGCCGUCGGCACAAAUUGAGCCAGUCGAAGUCGCAAGCCGAUUUCUGUCGACAAGAACGUGGCUUGCCCCACCCUGAUGCACAUGUCAGAUCUGAGCUCGCACAACGUGAAAGUCAUCCCAAGCCCGCGUCGAUCCAUGCGUACUUCAAUCAGUCGGAUCGAAUAGCGGAGGACAGCUUGGCCUCGGCGUCUUAUCGCUCUUCAAACCCUGUACAGGUAAGGCGCCCGCUGACGAUCAAACAACAUUCGAGUGUCGUGGAAGUGCUUCGAUGCACAGACAGAGCACAAUUCUUGCGAGAGUACAAGCUGGUCGUAGUGGGCGGUGGUGGUGUCGGCAAAUCGGCGUUGACGAUCCAGUUCAUCCAGAGCCACUUUGUUGACGAGUACGACCCGACGAUCGAAGAUUCAUACCGCAAGCAAUGCGUCAUUGACGAAGAGGUCGCGUUGCUCGACGUGUUGGAUACGGCAGGACAGGAGGAGUACAGCGCGAUGAGGGAACAAUACAUGCGAACAGGCGAAGGGUUCUUGCUAGUGUACAGCAUCACAUCUCGCAACUCGUUUGACGAGAUUUCGACAUUCCACCAGCAGAUCUUGCGAGUCAAGGACAAGGACUCGUUCCCCGUAAUUGUCGUCGCCAACAAGUGCGAUCUGGAGUACGAGAGGCAGGUGGGAAGUCACGAGGGACGCGAAUUGGCCAAGCACUUUGGAUGCCGAUUCAUCGAGACAUCAGCCAAGCAACGGAUCAAUGUGGACGAGGCGUUCAGCAACUUGGUACGCGAGAUUCGAAGCAUUAGAUUCUUGUUCUCAAACCUUAUUACAAAGCGCAGCGAGCUGCUACAGGGUGUGACAAAUCUUGUGUGCUUGUUCAUUGAGCAAGUGGACGAAGGGCUGGGCUUGGACGACGCUGUCGCAAGCAGCACACGAUACGCCUUAUGGUCAUCCUUCUUGCCUCUUCUCUCAAAGCUGACCAUGCCGCUGCGGCUUUCGAUGGCAUCCUUUUCAUUCGGGGGAGCUAUCUUGCGCGUGCUGGGAUCUCGUGAAACCAUUCGAGGCCGUCAGAGCUCUGUGUGUCAUACCGGGCUUAUUGCGGGUGCGUUCCGAUGA